UUUAACCGCUAUAUUUUUUAUUCUAUUCAGCAUAAAAGCAGUGUAAAAACCUGAGGGGAAGUGUGUUUUGAAGGAAAUUAUUUGUAUCAGUGUGCCGGUUUAGAACGGCUGGGUAAACAGGGUUUAUAGUGGAUUACUUCCUGUCACAGAACAUGCCGAGGAUCACUAUUUGGCAAAGCCGCAGUUGGAGAAAGAAUGGAGGCGGCUGGGGAUGCGUGUUAGUGACGGGCUUCAUCUGUCCUUUGUUUUCUUUUGGUAUUUCCUUUGUUUUGGUCUCAGCGUGCACACUAUAAUGGACCCGGAUAUAUCCGGUGGGGUUGGCGGCGGAGCCGAUCAGAGCCCUGUGGGCAGCGGUACCGGUACCGGCCGGAAUCCGAACGGGCCGAAUGCGUGUGUGGCGGCGCGCGCUGCUGGGGCGCUGCCUGCAUCCUUCCAUCCCCGGGAGCAGCAGGACGGAGAGGCGCUGGGGCUGUCCCUGCCCGGCAUCCUGCACUUCAUCCAGCACGAGUGGGGCCGCUUCCAGGCAGAGAAGUGUCGGUGGGAAGCAGAGAGAGAUGAGCUUCGGGCACAGGUGGCGUUUCUGCAGGGCGAGAGGAAAGGGCAGGAGAGCAUGAAGCAAGAUCUGGUGAGGCGGAUCAAAAUGCUCGAGUAUGCCCUUAAACAAGAAAGGGCCAAAUAUCAGAAGUUGAAGACUGGAACUGAUCAGAGCCCAGAGAAGAAGCCAGAGACAAAGAAUGAACCAAUUCCCAAUGGACAAGGAGAACUUGACAAUGAGAAAACCAGUCAAAUGGCAUGGAAGGAGGGCCGUCAGCUGUUGCGCAAGUACUUGGAGGAGGUGGGUUAUUCUGACACUAUACUGAACAUGCGCUCCAAGCGAGUCAAGUCUCUUCUGGGUCGCUGUAGCCCGGAGGUAAACGGGCCUCUGCCACAUGAUCCUUCCCCAGAACCCAAGCCCCAUGGUGGAGGAGACUCCCUGCUUGUACGCCAGAUAGAGGAGCAGAUCAAAAGAAAUGCUGGAAAAGAAGGUUCUACAGAGCAUGCUGGCAGGUCAGUACUGGAUAAAAUUCCUUUCCUGCGUAGCUGUGAUGAUGAAGAUGACAGUGACGAAGAUGACGAUUUCCAGGGAAUAGCCACAGAUUGCAUUGAUGGACCACAUAAAAACAAGAAAUCCAGAGGCAAGAUUUUUGGAGAACCUAUGACCACUGGCCUAGAUCCUGAGGAUGAAGAUGAGGAUGAUUCAGAAGAUGCCCUCAGUGAAUUUGAUUUCCUGGGUUCAGGAGAAGAGGGCGAGGGGGCUGGGGAGGCAUGCAUUUCAGGAGAUGGCCGUGAGCUAGGAUGCACGCUGGGCUUCUCAUCUGAUGUCUUCAUACUGGACACGGUUGGAGGAGGGGACAUAAAUCUUGGCGAGUUGGCUGACCUUACCGUUGCUAAUGACUUCACCAUUGAUCAACAGGACAGCCAGGAGGAGUUUAAGAAGACAUGGAAUCCACGCUUUACGCUCCGGAGCCACUUUGAUGCUAUCCGAUCCCUGACCUUUCACCCUUCUCAGCCUGUGCUGUUGACAGCUUCAGAGGAUGGAACACUAAAGCUCUGGAAUUUGAACAAGACAAUGCAUUCAAAAAAGAGUGCAGCACUGGAUGUUGAACCUAUUUACACUUUUCGAGGACAUAGUGGAGCAGUCCUCUCUCUAGCCAUGGGUGAGGAAGGGAAGUACUGCUACAGUGGAGGUCUGGAUGGAAGCAUACGUUGUUGGAAAAGUCCAGAUCUUAAUGUGGAUCCUUAUGACAACUAUGACCAAGGUGUUGAGAGUGCUGUGUUAUUAGGACAUGAGGACUCGGUGUGGGAUCUUGCGUAUUCGUCCAACCUAAAACGCCUGGCCUCCUGCUCAGCAGACGGCACUGUGCGUAUCUGGGAUGCUCAGAGCUCCACACCCUGUAUAACUGUUUUUAACAAAGAGAAAGAACAUGGAACUCCUACUUCUGUUGCCUUUGGGAACGUCGACCUGUCCCAGGCUGUUGUGUCCUUUGAUACUGGUGAGACUGUCCUCUACGACCUCAACACAGAGCAAAGCAUCAUGGUCCUAGAGACCCAGACAAAGGAUGGCAAUCAACUGAUUAACUGUGUGGUCAGCCAUCCAUCCCAACCAAUCUCAAUCACUGCCCACGAGAACCGUACCAUCCGCUUCAUGGACAACAAGACAGGGAAGGUCAUUCACUCCAUGGUGGCUCAUCUCGAUGCCGUCACCUGCCUUACCACUGACCCUAAAGGCAGUUACCUCAUCUCUGGCAGUCAUGAUUGCUCAGUUCGCUUGUGGAUGCUGGAUAAUCGCACAUGUGUGCAGGAGAUCACAGCCCAUAGGAAGAAGCAUGAUGAGGCCAUCCACGACGUGGCCUUCCACCCUUCACAGCCCCUCAUUGCCAGUGCUGGAGCCGAUUCCCUCGCCAAGAUCUUCAUUUGACCAUGUCAUCACGGCUAAUUGUCAGCCAUCAUUGGUUAUUGUAAAUAGGGUUUUCCCAAAUGGAAACAUUUAACACUGAGGUUGGUCAACAAGCCCAGGCACACCUGAAGCAGAACACUAAAUCACACACUACAAACAUUCUUCAGGUCACUGGAGCAACAGUAAUACACCGAUAGGAAAAUCGCAGGCUGAUACUGGCAGCUUAAUAGCUCUAAUUCACUAAUUUCUUGCUAGAUUUGCAUAAUGCUUACACACAGUUAAAAAUUUUUAUUAAUUGUGACAUGUUCUCACAUGGCUGCAAAUGAAAUAUUACUGCAAAGGGAAAAUUUAUCCCGAGUUUAGAUAAACUGAUUACAGUAUUCGUCAGUUCUUAAAUUCAGUAUUCUUAAAAACACAAAUUGACUCUUAAUAAGCUUGUAAUUUUAUACUGCCACAAAGUGUACAGUUCCAGGGUUCACGUCAAAUAAACCAUUCAAGGUGAACAUUGUGAAAAUCAGACAUUUCUAAACAAUCAGUUGAAAUACAGAAUAUAUAUUUAAUGUAUCGGUGGGAGGGGAACACAGUAACUCUUGUUUCUCCUCCACUCUCCUAUUUGGUACGUGUGUAUACUGCCACCUAGUGUAUGGAUAUGUGCCAUACCUGAGUCACUUUUCACCUGAAUGACCUGUUGUGAGGCCAUUCCACGAUCUGAUGUACAGAAAUUCUUGACACACUACUAAUUUAUAUGCCAUGACUGACACCUGUUAAAAUUUUAAAA